GCUCUUGCUGGUUGUGUGUUGUGUAUGGCUUGUUUUGAAUAUAUGUUAAUUCGAUAGUGCAGUGUUGAAGGGUCAGUGGAUAUUGAUUAUUAAAAGUGCCGUAGAAUGGACAAUAUAUGGGUCAUAUGAAAUUGAAGAACAACGCAAACGCAGUUUGUUAUGGAAAUUGGUAACGGUUACUUCAUUUAAAUUAAAGUAGAUUGUGCUGAGGUGUCGACUAAUGCUUUGGAAUUAAUUCCCGAUGAGAGCAAGAUGACGAGAAAGUUUUUGUUUUGUUUCCCACUGCGAGUGGGAAACAUUAUUUUUGGAUACAUCUUAAUUUUAAUCACACUAGCAGUAAUAGCAUUUAAUUUAUACGAACUUGGGCUCAACAUUUCCAACGACUACAAAGACAAUGAGAGGUUUAAAGAUUUUCAAAAUCUGGACACGAUAUUUGGUGCUAGCAGAGACGCGUUGGUUGCUGCAACUAUACUCGCUUAUUACUUAAGCUACGUCAUUAUUGGAUUUCUGCUGUUUAUAUUUGCUGUGAUAUUUACAUGUGGUGCAUAUAAGGCUAACCACUGCCUUGUGACGACAUUCUUCGUGUACAGUUUCUUUCAUUUGUUCUUUACUGUCGUACUCGUCGUGUGGGAGGCGCUGUCUGCCGGCUGGAUACAGCUUGGAUUAAUAUUACUUUCCGAUUUGCUCCUCAUAAUUUGCCUGUUCAGCGUCAAAUAUUUGAUGGAAGCAAUACGCACAGGAAACAUUUACAGUCCGCCUGGCGAGGUUUACUAUAAAUAUUAAAUUGUGACUAAAUUAUAAUAUAUGUAUUUGUAUAUUUUAUAAAUUGAGACGCUUGUAUUUGUUAUUUGAUUGGGAAAUAUAAAAACUAAUAAUGUGUUAUGACUGAAGUGAACGAAAAAUAAAUGAUUAUUUUUUA